AUGGCAGACUCUGAUGAAAUGAGUUUCUUCUAUGGAGCGAGAAUCCUUGAUAAAUUCAAGUGGCAAACUAAUAGAUUUGAUGGAUUAGGGGAUCCUAAGGCACACUUGAAAGUCUUCCUCAGCGUUGCCAAGUCAUGGCAACUAGUAGACAACCAAAUGGGUCAAGCAUUUGUGUUGACAUUGUCAGGAAUAGUUUUGAGAUGGCUUGCACAGAUUCAGUCUAUAACUCAAGAGAAGGGUGGAUUGGUGGAUAUGAUUGGAGCAGAAGACAAUUUAGAGAUAGUUGAGGAAGUUAUAGAUGAUCUCCACAGGGCAGUAAUAGCAUUAUCAGCGAGAGAACAGAUUAAAGAGCACACUUUCCUAAUCUACAUAGGGAGUGACAUAGAAGAGGAUGAGUCAGAUCUAACCCAGCUUCGAGUUGAUAACAAUGGGUCAAACCCCAUAGAAAUCUUUUGGUCCAUACGUUCUAAGUAUUAUGAAUGUUUGGACGUAGGAGAAUUUAGGGGGCCUGAUGAAGAGCCUGAUGAAGAACCUGAUGAUGAGACAAGUGAAGGGAAAAUCAGUGGUGAUGAUGAUGAUGAUGAUGAUGAUGAUGAGGAUAAGGACGAAGAUUUGAACUAUGAUGAGGAAGAUGAUAGUGAUGAUAAUUAUCCAGACUGGGAUGAUUACCUUAGGCCUAAAAAUUAG